CCCAUUUCUACAUGAUUGCCAUCAAUUUCAACUAAAGGCAGGUUAGAAAUGCACCAGCGGUUUUUCAUGCGUGCUUCCCUCGUUCUCGUCUACCCACCCCCAGACAUGAUCAUGAGGAUGAUCAAGAACUAGCCUACCCUCCUAGAAGUUCCAGCCAUCGUACAGAUUUCCCCCUUCAUCUGCUACUUCCCAGAAAAUAAAAACCGUUUCCCAAGAUGGACUCCGAUUGUCUGUACGACCAGGACUGGGUUGCUCUGGACGGCAGUCCGUCUCCCAAACACCUGAAAUCUGCUUCAAAAUCCAACAUGGAUUGGAUCCCGGUCGAAUUGGAGUUUCAUGAUGAUGAUGCCAGGAGUACGACUAUUGGAACGAACGCAACCGUUACGCCGGUGGAAGAGUUGCACCAUGAAACAAGCUGUAGUACCAACGAUGGACUUUUGGACAAAAACUCAUCUUCCAGCCUGAUGAUCCAGAAACACCAACCUGUAGUUGGAGAAGACCCUGCUGCAGCGCUGUUGCGUCGAGGCUCGAAGAAACAGCUCCUUGUGGAAGGCUACUCAGAAGCAGCCGGCGCUAAAAGUAAAGAUAACGCAUUUCCAACCGAUUUCAAAAGUUUCGGAUUGACGGCCUUCCUCCCUUAUAACAGAAGCAAACCAUGGACCGCGUGGGACACUCAGGGCGACGCUUUUGCGCCCGCUCGACGCCACUCAUGGGCAGCGUUCUAGGUUUCCGCUGGAUGGGGCCCGAGGGUGCCAUGUGUGGCCCAUUUCGCCUGCCUUUUCAGCCGUCAUCCACUUUGGGUUCAAUUGUUUGCGGCCGUUUUUAAGGGGCCGCAAAGUCAUUUGGGCUGCUCUGGCCGCGAGAUGAUUCGGCCCUUGUCGAGCUUUUUGCCCCCGGCGCGCAAGCCUACGGCGGCUUCCAGCUUGCACAUCUUCUUCUAUUUCUUUUGCAAAAUCUUCGUCGCUGCCAUUCAGCCGAUGACUUCCCACCGUAAUCCCAACCUUUUGGCGUGUCUGCUGCAGUAAGGGUUUUAACUCGGGGCCGCGCCAACUUUUUUCUCGGCGGCCCAAUUUCAAACGGUGAUCGAGAUUCGGUCAAGAAGUUGGUCCAAAAUCGGUCCGGACACAGAUUCUAAUAUACGGACCGAAUUUGGACCAAUUUCUGACCGAAUCCCGAUCACCGUUUGAAAUUGGGGGAUGGACUCGAUCGCCGUUUGAAAAUCUCGAUCACCGUUUGAAUAUCUCGAUCACCAUUUGAAUAUCUCGAUCACCAUUCGAAAUUCCCGAUCCCAGUUUGAAAUUGCCGAUUGGCGACCUGGGGGGGGGCGCAAAAGGCCGGCCUGAAGUCCGAAGCUCUAUCGUAUAGCGUGGCGCAACAUAGUGGUGGUGCCAGGCGGGGCCGCCCAGUGGCGCCGAUCUUCCCCCAGCUGAAUGUGGCGCCGUGACGGUCCCAACAGGAAGAGCCACAGGAACACUCUUGGGCUUCCUUGGGCAGACCGCGUGCCCCCGUGCCGUUCACAGUAGGCUUUUUUGCCUUGCGCUCAUGAGCAUGGUCCCUGCCUCUUGGCCCGGUGCCUAAUUUGGCGUCACUCGCUCGGAUAUAGGCUCUGAGGCUGGUAGAAAUAGUGAGCACCCAUCCCAUAGGAGUGUGAAAGUAUGAAACUUUUGAAAUUGGUUUGAAUUAUGUUCCAAAAGAAAUUAGUGCCCGUUUGCUUUUGAGUUACAGAAACACCAACCUGUAGUUGGACAAGAAGACCCUGCUGCAGCGCUGUUGCGUCGAGGCUCGAAGAAAACCCAACUAUCGAAGGAAAAAAGUGUUACAGUUACACACGACAGCGAAAAUAGCGUAUUUUUUCAAGGGCAGGCUAGAACUUUUUUCGAGCCGCGGCUACCUGUCACGCCUAUUGCGUUUUCAUUUUCGUGUCAGGCAAAAAGGAGGCCUCCACGUAGCUGCGGCUGCUUCAGUUCACUGGAAUAGCUAAGAAGGCAAGCUGCUACAUGUCGCGGACCUCAUUGAGAACUACAGUGACUGAUAGACAGGGCGGCGGCAGAAUGUCUCAGCGAAACAAUAGAGCGGGCCAAGGUCAAAGCGAUGCUUUCGACCUUGUGAGGGACAAUGCCUGCUGUUUCACUUAGUCGCAAACCUGACGAACCGCAGCGACCGUUUUUAUUGCCUCCAGGCCGACUUGCGCAACGGCGACACGCGCGGGAGCGAAAAGUGCAGGACGGCGCUCGCUGGCAUUUGACGCGACGAGCGGGCGCCUUUGCAGUGCCAGCCUUUCCCUUCCCAUCGUGGUCAUGAUGGCUCUACGUAAUUCGCACUUUCCUGGCCGAAUCGACGCCCUGUCCCGAAAGCCAACUUUCCACCCGGAUUGCAAAAAAAAGUGAUACGCACUGCAUUUUUUUGAGGGGUCAAAGCAAGGCCAGAAAAAAUAGCAACUGUAUCACUUUUUUUUCCAUGUGUAACACUUUUUUCACCGGGCGGAAACCAACUUCGAUACUUUUCUCCCCGAGCGAAAUCUUGAUACAACGCGAAAUGUGUAACACAGUAAAUCGCAGAAUUCCGUGGGGCUUCGCAAAAAAACUGCUGUGUUACACACCAAAAAGUGUAACUUUGGCCAGCCCUCAAGGGAGGGUCAAAAUGUGGGUGAUUUUGCGCAAGAGAUUGCCGUUUUUUUUUCGAAAUGUGUAACACCUCGACUGAAAGCAAACACGCGAAAGCGCAAGCCUUCAGCUAGAGGCUCUGCGUCAAGUUUGCACACCACGCAAAAGAAGCUGGCCCCAUGUCCGUGAUUGACUUGCAGGGAUCCUGCGAGCGCAGCCUGCUCCGUGGGUGUCUGAGAACAUGUCUCGCAUACAAGUCAAGCCGCGCAUGCUUGAUAGCGAAACACUCGGACUACAGGGCCACCAAAACCCUGCCAAUGUUCAACCGGAGGUGGUUUGCCACUGUUGUGACCGAGUCCCCUUCCAUCUGUAUUCCUUGCUUCAUGUUGUCAUGGGAUGGGGCCAGGAAACAAAAGGCCAGCGAACCGCAUUCCGGGCCAGCCAUUGGGAGCGGAGCGCCAAAAUAGGUGCGCCCUUAGCUAGCUAGUGUACGACGCAACUAAGGGGGCCGAUGGCUGGCUGCAUUCGUGAUGUGCAUGUCUGCGUCAUUCAUCAGAAAAGAAGUUUUCGCCUACCUGCGCGCCAAAAAAAUUCUUACUGAACGUAUGAAAAAACUCGGCUUUUUUCUUGCAAUGUGUAACAGUAACACUUUUUUUCUUUGAUACCAACCUGUAGUUGGAGAAGACCCUGCUGCAGCGCUGUUGCGUCGAGGCUCGAAGAAAUUACUCACGGAACGCCGGGCCACUUCAGCUCGUCUGAGAUCCCAAAAAGAUCCUAUCAAGAUCCUGGCCGCUGGGCUACUUCGGCGCCCCGAAAUUACGAAUCAGGCCCAAUGUUUUGGCCUUCGCUUUGCCUCCUUUGUAUAGCAAAUUUGCGCGGCCUUUUCUGGGCGUGUCGCAUAGCUGCCGAGCCUAUCCCGAGGGCCGCCCUGUUUGGGAAGCGCGAUUUUUUUUCCUGGUGCGGGGGUAUGUCGGUAUUUUACGGCCACGCAAAUCUUGGCGCGGGCCAGCCGUCAGGGAACGCGCCGCCCGCCGCGGCCAGCGUGUCCUUUUGCCCCCCCUUCUGGUGUGCUUCUGUAGUUUUUUCGCGGUAGUCUUGGACAUUGGAAAGGGGGUGGCGCGGAGGUGUUUCGACCGCAGGCAUUCUACCUGCCCAGCAUCCGGGAGCCCGCAGAGAGGCGAUGGCCUUUGGCGCGAUGCGGUGCCAAGUGUUUUGCUUCUUGGGGUCGCGGGGAUCGGCAGGCCAAUCCUGCAGAAAGCAUGUCAAACAAGGGUGGGGGUUUUCUCCCCGCGGCACAAUUUUUGUGCUCAGGAGCAUUCUCCAGUGGAAUUCGGCCAGGCACGGGGCCACUUUCCAGAGUUCAUGGCCGCCAUCUCCAUUUUCAAAAGUUCCGAUCAAGAUCCUGUCCAGAGGACACUUUUUUCGCCGCUUUUCCUGGCCCCUCCCCCGCCUAGAAUCUAUGGAUUUGGCGGCGCAAAAAAGUGGCCAAAAAAGUGUCCUCUGGACAGGAUCUUGAUCGGAACUUUAUCGGAUCUUGAACGGAACUUUUUAGGAACUUUUUUUUGGCCUCUGAAGCUUUCGCCAUACCGUUCACCUGUAGUUGGAGACGACCCUGCCGCAGCGCUGGUGCGCCGGGGCUCAAAGAAAACCCGACGAGGACCAAAAACAGCAGCUCAAGGAGGAAGUCAACAGAAGAAGAUGCAACGAGGACCCGAAGGCGAAAAAGCAGCGCGACAACAUGAUCAACAAGUAGAGCAUGACCAUGACCCCACCGUUCCUAUGGCUAUGCCCCGUCUCCCCUCCUCUUCCUCCGCUGGGACGAGCAACCCGGAUUUCUUCUUUAUCGGCGACACGCAGUUUUUCGAAAUCGUGGAGGAAGACGAGCAGGCGGGGGAGAAAUAUUUUUCCUCCGGAGGGGAGGAGGAAGAGCACGAGGUGGUGCUUUUACACGAGAACGGGAAGUUGCUUAAGCCGCAUAACCCAGCGGCGAAUAAUGGUAACUCACCCGGAGGCAAUAAUAAUAAAAGCAGCAAAAGCAGAUGGUACAACAACAAUAACCGAAGCAACAGGCCGAACAGCAACCGCAAACCGCGCCGGCAAUUAAUCUGGGUGCCGAAAAUCACCCAAGUGCCUGAGUCGCCGACGGGUGCGAAGAACGGGAAUGAAUUUUCCAAGACUGCGGUUUCUUGUUCUUCCCCGGCGUCGAAAUCGUCGAACGGAACAGCGGUCUCGGAAGUAUCGACCGCGGCUACGAGUAAGGAGUCUGCGAGAUUGGGUUCUUCGAGUUGGAAUUUGCAGAGAACAAACUCGCAGGAGAAAAAGAAGAAAAUCGUCUGGUUGCCGAAAGCCCAGGUGGAGCAGAUACGGUCCGGCGCGGCGAAGGUCGGGCUGCUGAAAUCCCCGAAGGGAACGAAGGCGGCCGUCAAGGUAGUUUUGAGCGAGGCAGCCGCUCAUGCGAAAAAUCAAAAGAGAGGCGGAAAGAAAAACUAAAUGAGAUUGCUGGCACCGAUGUUGACAGUGAUUCAUGCGUCGUCGUGUCUGUGCUUUAUCGAAAAUAGAAGAGAAAACCACGACCAUCAGGGACGAGAUGAGAUUACGUAGUGUUGGACAAAUGCAUGCCAACAGAGAGUGUGAGUUGGACUAGCAAGUUAGCAGCUUGUACUCCAUCUCUGUUGUAGUAGAUUUGGAAAUGAACGACCAGGUUAAGGUCUACGUUUAAGACGAAAGGAAGACAACACGUUGACUUCAUCGCCAGAAGCAGAACCCGUUCUGUUAUGGGAGGAAAAGUAACCCGACUGCGACUGGAGUACACCUCUAUUGUUCUGGAACCAAAAGUAACCGGAGCCGAACGGCUGUUGAG